GGAGGUCGCUGCGGCUGGGGGGGGGGUGGUGCUGGGAUUUGGAUGGUCGCGGCGGCGCGGUGGUGGAGUUAUCCCGGUGGCGGUGCUCAUGGGCAAGUCGUUCAGGGACUCGCUCAAGGUGCUCGAGGCCGACAUCCAGCACGCCAACUCGCUUGCUUCUGAAUUUCGGAGGGAAUAUGAUGGUGCCUGCCUUCAGAUGAGGAUGGCAUACUGCCCUGCAGCCCACUUUUUCCUUUUUCUUGUGCAGUGGACAGAUUGCAGCUUUGCUGGUGCACUUGGGCUGUUGAGGAUUCUAAUUUAUAAGGUUUAUGCUGAUGGGACAACAACCAUGUCUACUCAUGAAAGAAAAGCAAGCAUCAGGGAAUUUUAUGCUGUCAUAUUUCCUUCUUUGAUGCAAUUACAUGAAGGAAUCAAUGAAGUGGAGGACAACAGACAGAAAGCAAUAUGUAUAGAGAGGUAUAGAAGGCGAGAUGAGGAUCAGAAAAUGGUGAUAUCAGAGAUUGAUGAUGAUAUAGAGGAUGAAUGUGUCAUAUGUAUGGAGAUAAACAGCAAAGUUGUUCUUCCAACUUGUAGCCAUGCUAUGUGCAUUAAAUGCUACCGUGACUGGAGAUCAAGAUCCCAGUCCUGUCCAUUCUGCCGCGACAGCCUCAAGAGGGUAAACUCCGCCGACCUGUGGAUAUACACGGAUGACAGGGACGUUGUCGACAUGGCUACGGUCCGAAGGGAGAACCUGAGGCGACUCUUCAUGUACAUAGACAAGUUGCCCACCGUUAUUCCAGAAUCUGUCUUUGACAUCUAUGAUUCCCAUGUGAAGUAGCGAGGGAUCGUCUGCCAAUUGUCUACGUGCGUGCCGGGUGCCACUUCGGCACUUCUAGUGCUGUAAGCAUUGUGGAGCCCUGGGCAUCUGAUGCUCUGCGCUUUUUUAAGGCUCUAAGCAGCUCGCCGAUGCCGAGGCUAAUUUAUGUAAGGAGGUAUAUACAUGUAAGUAGAACUUGUUCUGUCACUGGUCAUGUGUGAGUUAGACCGUUGUGAGGGGUUAGGAUAAUCUGACGCCGUCGGUCUGUAAGCAAUGGAUCAUUGAAUCGGUUUACAUGUUGAACAUUUCACUCGUGCUGAGCCAGGAGAAAUUGCCGUUUUGAAAGCACCUGUAACUUAGUGGCUGUUCAGUAUUGUGUCCUAGACAUUGUAACAGUGGCUGCCUGAGGCAUAUGCAGGUAUGUCAGUGGGGUGUUUUUGGAGUGCAA